GGUAACUGUUGUUGCUGCUUACUUUGCUGCCCAUUUGCUAUUACUGAAAUUUAUCACUAUACCUGUUCAUUACCAUGGUCAAUAGCAUUUCUAUUAUCAAUUAUUCUAUUACCAUUUCAUAUGUGUACAAUAAUAAUACUUCGUCAAAGAGUUCGACGUGCACACCGCAUCGAAGGUAAUUGUAUUAGUGACCUGUGCUGUUUAAUGUGUUGUUGUUGGCCCACUAUUAUUUGUCAAUUACGCGAUCAAAUACUACAUCUGCGUUCCAAAGCUGAAUGGAAGUUAGGUUAUUCAAAACGGUUGGAUGAUAAGCCACCAUGGGUGAAGCUUUUCAGUAAGCUAAAAAGGAAGAAGAGAAACAAAGAUGAAGAAAGUGCAACAAACAGUGAUUAUGAUGAAGGUGAUAACGAUGAAAACGAUGAAGAAACAAAUGAAGUCACGAAGACGAAAGGUGACAACGAUGAAAGCGAAGAUGAGGACACUGAUGAAGAAGACAGUGAAGAUAAAGCGGAUCAAAGUAAAUCCAGUUCAAGAAAAAAAUGA